UAUACUCGAGAAGAACGUAACAGCAUUUGUUUAUUUGAAGGGUUUUAUUAGCUCUCGAAACACCAUGGAUGAUGAUGAGUUUAAUGUGGUAGCACGGUUCGAUGAUGCAGACCUUUCGUACCCAGACCAUGAAAACGUCGAGCCAUCAGUGUCGGAUGUGACGGUUGUGAGUGCUUUGAACGAAACUGGUCAGAGAAAGCGUCGUUUCGUCGACAAUGACCCAUUCUCAAUGCCUCCUGACGAAAAGUUCGUCCAUCCAAUGGAUUGGCACAUGAAAAUGCCGCUUACAUUGGAGGAACACGAAAAUACUCGAGCAAAAACUGAUGAUGAAUUGGCUGCGACUCGGUUAUUUCAACGUAUCUGUCAAGCAAGGGCAAAAAGAAUGCGAGCAAUGAGGGAGCAACUACAGGACCAUGAAAAUGCUGAUUCGGACGAUGAAAAUGAAAAGGAGAAACAGAUUAUGGAGUCGCCUCCGAUUGAUGGAUCAUCGUGGAUUGGAGUAAAUAGUGACGAUAGGCAUGAAAGGUUCUAUAUUCGCUACAUUCGGCAGCCGCGUAUACCACGAGCUGCCAACGCUGGAUCGAAUGAAAUCCGUGCAGAAAUACUCAAUCAGCAGGCACAGAAGAUCAAAGCAGAAAUCGAGGCAGUCAGCUUACUGAACGGAAACUGUCAAACUAUCAGUUGCAAACCCUCCAGAUGCAGUCUUGAUAUGUGUAGUGGCUCUGAAAUAACCCUACUUUACUGUUUUUCCAUUUUUCUAUCUUUUUAUUCUUUUUGCGAAUCGUCAGAGAAGUGCAAUUCGGUUCGACCUUGUUACAGAGAAAAUAAAGCUCGCAUGAUGAUAAAUCGCCAGGAAAGAGAGAAUCUUGAUGAAGUUCAUGCAGAUAUUAUCACAAACGAGUCUAGUGUAUGGGUGAAUAAAUACGCUCCUCGAACCUACCUGGAUUUACUCAGUGACGAUGGUGUAAAUCGACUCAUGAUGUCCUGGGUGAAACUUUGGGAUGAAUGCGUUUUCAAACGCAAGAUCGAUCAUCUUUCUAAAACCGUUGCUGCAAAAGAGAAGGACUUGCUCACGUUGGAUUCGGGGAAACCUCGUCGACCAGUGCAAAAGAUAGCUUUGUUGUGUGGACCCGCUGGUUUGGGAAAAACAACAUUGGCAAAUGUUGUUGCUCGGCAAGCUGGAUAUGCAGUUGUAGAAAUGAAUGCCAGUGACAGCAGGAAUGUGCCUGACUUUGAGAAAGCUCUCGAAGGUGCAGUUCGGACGUCUCGAACCCUUGAUCAGAAAUCGCGUCCAAACUGCUUGAUUCUUGACGAAAUUGACGGAGCUCCUGUGGAAGCAAUACGUUAUCUUGUUAAAGCAACUCAAGCUACCGGAAAGAAAGCAAUACGCCGCCCUAUUAUUUGUAUUUGCAACAACAUGUAUAAAUCGCGUCCAAACUGCUUGAUUCUUGACGAAAUUGACGGAGCUCCUGUGGAAGCAAUACGUUAUCUUGUUAAAGCAACUCAAGCUACCGGAAAGAAAGCAAUACGCCGCCCUAUUAUUUGUAUUUGCAACAACAUGUAUACCCCUGCUUUACGAGAACUUCGAACGGUUGCUCUCAAUCUUCAGGUGGCGCCGACUGCGAAGGAACGGCUUAUUCAAAGGCUAACAGCAAUCUCUGAAUUGGAAGCCGUUCGCAUCGAUCGAUUUGCGUUGCAACGGCUCGUGGAGUUGUGUCAAUGUGAUGUUCGAUUUUCAAUCAACACGCUCCAGUUCGUGUCUGUUCUUGCUCAAAAGGAGCGGCGUUACGUUUCAGUAGAUGACAUACAAAAGGCUGUGGAACGAGAAAGAGUGGGGUCUGCAUCAAUAUUCGAAAAUUGGUCUACUAUGUUGGACUUUAGUCAUCAUUUCGAUAAGUUGUUUGGAGUUGUCAGCGCAGAUGGUAUCGGACAGAAUAAGAUGUAUUCGAAUAUAAAUUUACCCGUGCUUUUUUCCAGAAAAGGAAUCCUACGAUCAUUGUCAGAGAGGCUGCAGCUGGUUGAGCGUGUUGCUAUUGAACGUGGUGAUGACCGUUUCGUGAACGGACUAUACGCUAACUAUCUUAGCGUAAAUAUACCCUUGAAAGCAAUUCGAUCUGGUGUCGAGGCUUUCGUACAUUAUGACCGCAUUACGCUCGCGAUCAACGAAAAGCAAGAUUACACAUUGAUGAAGUUUGUCCCAGUUUUCUACAUGCUUCUCCAUGCAGCUGUGGCUACUCAUACAAGACACUCGAGGCACCCAGCUCACAGUUUUCUUUCUUAUGUUCAGUUUGUAAUAUUUAUAGGAAACCUCGGAGUUGUUUUCAGGGCUAAAUUGAAAUAUCCUCAACAAGAGCAGAGUAUAAACCAAAGGCGUCGAGAAUCGCAGGAAACCCUUGCAACAGUCCAAUGCUCGCUUUUGGGACGGUAUUCUCCUACCGCACUGCUCUGUGAUGUACUUCCCCUUCUUCUGCAAAUUGUCCAACCGCCCAUCAAAACGAUAGUAAUCUUCCAUGCUACUGGAGGUGGUGUGAAGGAAAAUUUGGCUCCAAAGAGUAACACUGCGCAAAUCAAAGAAAUGUGUGGUACAACACCUGCUGGUAAUCAGAACGUGGUUCACCUCGAAAGUUUGAUUGUUAAUCGAAUAAGCAUCGGUGAGAAGCACAGGUCGGUUUGUAUCACCUAG